AUGUCCAACGUGAAUCCUGACCCCGGCCAGGAUGCGCCCGCAUUUAUCCCGCUCGAGGCGAACCCGCCGCUGAUGACGGACCUCUUGCACACACUCGGCGUAUCCCCCGCCCUCGGCAUGCAUGACGUCUACUCGCUGACAGAGCCCGACCUGCUCGCUUUUAUCCCCCGCCCCGCGCUCGCGCUGCUGCUCGUCUUCCCCGUCAGCGCUGCCUAUGAGAGCCAGCGUCUGUCGGCCGACAGCCUAGUUGACGAGUACGCCGGCCAUGGCGCCGCUGAGCCCGUCGUGUGGUGGCGGCAGACGAUUCGCAACGCUUGCGGCAUGAUGGGCCUAUUGCACGCCGUGUCCAACGGCCCGGCUCGGGAGUUUAUCGAAUCCGGCUCGACCCUCGACAAGCUCCUCGAAAAAUCGAUCCCGCUCGAUCCCGCACACCGCGCCAAGCUCCUUGAGCAGACCCCCGAGCUCGCCGCCGCGCACAGGCAGGCAGCUUCGCAAGGCGCCACCGCCGCGCCCGACGCUCAAGACGACGUCGACCUGCAUUAUGUCUGCUUCGUCAAGGGCAGCGACGGCGCGCUGUACGAGCUCGACGGCCGCCGCAAGGGACCCAUCCGCCUCGGCGCACUCAGUGCUGACGAGGAUGUCCUCAGUGAAAAGGGCUUGGCGCUCGGCCCGCUCAAGUUUCUCGAAAGGGCGGGCGGCGACCUGCGCUUCAGCGCCGUGGCACUCGCGGGUGGGCUGGACUAG